UUCAGGAUCAAAUGUUAAACCCUCCACAGUAAAAGCAGUGGGCGGGGUUAUGUUACUAGUACAUCUGUGGCGACCAAUCACAGCCUCCCAACAGAGACGCACCUGAGUAGCUGCCAAAGCAUGAGGCGGGCCGGCAGGAUAAAACCACGGCUCUCCCAUGUUUUUCAUCCAGAAUCAGUCUACAUUUAGCCGGACCUACAUCUCUCCCACCCCCCAUACCCAGAGAGCAACCAUGCACCUGAGCGCGUACGAGUCGUGCCAUUCCUUGGUCAUACUUUGCAUCCUCCUGAGGAGUUGCCAAGCCUUCAAGAACGACGCCACGGAGCUCCUGUUCUCGCACGUGAGCGCGCCGGUGCCGGAGGUUCAGAGCAACGUGACCCUGAACCGCGCACGGACCGGCGGGAGAGGAGCGGCCAGCGCGGCGCACGACAGAGGCGAACGGAGCCAAAUCGGAUGCAGAGAGCUGAGGUCCACUAAGUACAUCUCUGAUGGCCACUGCACCAGCAUCAACCCCAUCAAGGAGCUGGUGUGCGCUGGUGAGUGUCUCCCAGCUCACAUGCUUCAGAACUGGAUCGGCGGCGCCUACGGCAGGAAGCUGUGGGGUCGCAGGAGCAGCAACCAAGACUGGCGCUGUGUCAACGACAAGACCCGCACCCAGCGCAUCCAACUGCAGUGUCAGGACGGCAGCACGAGAACGUACAAAAUCACCGUGGUCACCUCCUGCAAGUGCAAGAGGUACUCAAGGCAGCACAACGAGUCGGGCAACAAGUUCGAGGAGCCGGCUCUGUCGCCGCCGCAGCUCCUGCACAAGCCCAAGCCCAAGUCCAAGAGCAAGAGGAGGCUGGGGAAGAACCGGCUGAGUGAGAACUGGCACGACACUGAACCCUGAGACUCACUCUGAAUCCACGCAAACCUACAGGAGUUUUGUCUCUGCGACAUCGAGGCACAAACGUCCAGAGCUUGUGGAAUAUCACUCAAUGUGACUGGGACUUGAUUUAUGUGAAGCUGGUUCCUCACUAUGUUUGCGAACUCCAAAGCGCACGCUAAGGACUUGUCUUGACAUUUGAAUCCAUGAGGUUAAAAGAUAAUGUGAACAGAACUGGGAUGUACAGUCUGCAGAGCCUUCUGGAGCCCCGAGGCCGACACACAUUGUCCCAGAUGUAGCCAUGUGCAUGCGUUUCCUAUGUAUUCAUUUUAUAUGCAGAUGGAGAUCUGUAGUUUAGGCACCAACACCAGUAAACACCAAACACCUCCGCAAUCCAGUGUAAAUACUUGUACAUAUAUCAAAUUCUUACUUGCCUUUUUUGAAGUAUGGCCAUGUGUAUAAAAUUUUACUAUGUAAGAUGUAUGAUGUAAUAUAUUUUCUGUGGCAACAUAUAAUAUGAUAAGUUUUGCUUAAACGGUGUCAUCAGGUGGGUGGAAUCUGGAAACGAUUUUUUUCAUUAAUCAGUCUUGUAAUAGCUUUAUAUGAAAAUAAAUAUCACUUUUUAUCACG